CGCGGUGUCAAGCUUGGUUCUACACUGCGCGGACACGCGAGCCACAGGAGCGCGUCUGGUGAGGCGCGCCGAGUACGCGCUCGCGAUUCAGCCUGCAGCGUGUUCUGAAGACCCAGGGACAAGAGCACUGACAUUUCAUUUGUUCCUUUGGACCUAUUUUUUCCAACCCAAUCUUAAAACAACAAAACUAACUUUUUCGCUUCUUCGCUGAAAUGCUUUUUCCUCUGAUUAUUUAUUGAUCAUGGAUCCUCUGUACACCACCUCACCAAACUCAAGCGGCAACGGGACCAGCGGUUCAUUGGUCAAUGACACGGACGUGUUCUCGAACCAGUUCGUUCAGCCGGUGUGGCAGAUAGUUCUGUGGGCCAUCGCGUACUGCUGUAUAGUUCUGGUGUCGGUUGUUGGAAAUGUCACUGUCAUCUGGAUCAUUUUAGCGCAUAAGCGCAUGAGAACUGUGACCAACUAUUUUCUAGUCAAUCUUGCGUUCGCAGAGGCUUCAAUGUCGGCUUUCAAUACCGUUAUUAACUUUGUGUAUGCAGUGCACAACGAGUGGUACUUCGGACUUGUUUACUGCAGAUUUCACAACUUCUUUCCAAUAGCAGCUGUGUUCGCUAGUAUUUACUCCAUGACAGCAAUAGCCCUGGACAGGUACAUGGCUAUCAUCCACCCACUCCAGCAGCGCCUGUCGUCCGCUGAGACCAAGCUGGUGGUGGGGGUGAUCUGGGCCCUUGCGCUGCUCCUGGCUUUCCCCCAGUACUAUUUUUCCAGCACCGCUCAGCUCCCAGGACGUGUCGUGUGCUACAUCAACUGGCCAGAGUACAGCGUGUUUGAUUUUCAAAAGACGUAUUACGUCUGUGUGGUUGUGCUUAUCUACUUUCUGCCUUUGCUCAUCAUGGGUUGUGCUUACCUGGUGGUGGGAUAUACUCUCUGGGCUAGUGAGAUUCCUGGAGACUCUUCAGACCGCUAUCGAGAGCAGCUAACCGCCAAACGGAAGGUGGUGAAGAUGAUGAUUGUCGUUGUGUGCACCUUUGCCAUCUGCUGGCUGCCCUACCACGUCUACUUCCUGCUGCACCAGUUCCUUCCCCACUUGUUUGAGGAACGGUACAUCCAGCAGGUGUACUUAGGAAUUAUGUGGCUUGCCAUGAGCUCCACCAUGUACAAUCCCAUCAUCUACUGUCUUCUCAAUGACAGGUUUCGAGCUGGAUUCCAGCAGGCAUUUUCCUGGUGUCCUUUUGUCCUUCAAGGCUCAUAUGAAGGUCUGGAGCUCAAGUCAACUCGCUAUCUUCAGACGCAGGCCAGCAUUUACCGUGCAAGCCGAAUGGAGACCACAGUAUCCACAGUGAUGCCGGUUAUCGAUGGGGACCUUCAGGAGAAUACAGAUCGAUGUUCAAUAGAUCUCACGUCUAAUGGUUCUUCACAAAGCGCCUCCAAGACUGUAUCAGAGUCAUCAAGCUUCUAUUCUAGCAACAAUUUAGCCUAGAAAGGAAUUUAGGAAUUACUUUCAGUGUUAAAGUACCAAUCUUGUGAGGAAAAGGGCAAAUGAUACACAUUCCAGGGAAGGUCGUAAUGUGAGAUACAACAAACCAAAACAGGUUUUUAGGUUUUCUUGGGGAUGAAAGGCUAAUGUGUGAAAACUUAAUUGUAUAUUGGUCAACAUGACAUCUAAAGACUGUGAAGCAUUAUUACUGUCUUUGUGUUUAGCAAAAUUUUACUACUUGAGGGAGCCGGCUAGAAAUCAUUCCUGUAAGUGUUCAACCCUAUCAGGAUUUGCUCCAGGACCCAGUGGGUUUGUUUAGGAAAACCUGACCAGCUGAUCCCCUUGGCAACGAUCUGUCUGUCGUUACUGUUGGUUGUUAAUGAUACGAUAGCCAGCGUGACCACGUGGAAGGGUCUGCACCUGUUGUUGCAUAUUACUGGACUACGAAGGCGACAAUGUAAAGGAUUUGUCUGGAAGGCAGAGGGUCAUGAUAAUUAUAGCACAGCGAGAUACAGAAAAAAUGGAUUUUGUACUAACAUAGCUACUUCCAUUUAUAUCACCAUAAUUCUCUUUUAAAUCCAGAGUUUAUUAUUAGCAUGCUGUUGAGUAUCAGUUGCAGCUAUACUGCCUUUACAAAGAAGACCAUGUUUAAUAAAUUUUAAUGUGGUUAUAUUUAUUUUAAGUGUAUAUUUAUUUGUAUCUUUCAAUAACAGUGUUAUUUAUGUAAAUGAAAACCUAAUUUUUGUUUUGUGGCCACCGAUUGCAUUAUCUUGAUAAAAAAGAAAGUGUAUAAACAGACAUUCAGACAUAGAUAUUCAUAAAGGUUGUGCACUGUAAAUAUAAGGGCAUAAUUUAUAUUUUGACAUUUCUAGCUUGUACAGAAAUUCCUGCGACAACUACAGAUCUUUUUCAGCAUUAUCAAAAUCUAGAUUCCAGUUAAGUCUAGUUUUAUGUGUGGUCCAUUUUCUUGCACAGUGGUUGUUGUACAUUGGUGUAUUAUAUCAUGAUGUUGUUUGGUGUGGCUUGUGCUUGCUUUACAUGCCUGUUCAGCCCAAAUUGUAGUGGCUCUUGCUUUGUUGGGCAGGUGUGAGAGCUGCUUUGAUGCUUGCAGAGGAACAAAAGAGCAGCGAUGUUGCACCUUUUGAACUGCUGUGCAGCUGCAUGCACUAGCAUCUCCACUUUCAUGAUAUCUCAGCCCUCUUAAUGGACACAUGUUAAACAAACAGAAAGACAGUACUGGUUAGACUUGCUUUUACAUAGUGUGACAAAUCACCAGCUGCAUGUUCUCAUCUUUUUUUUGAUUUGUGUUAUAUUCAUUGUCCAAACCAGAUUUCUGAAGGCCAGAUAUUUUUUGGGACCAUAAUAUAAAGGUUAUGCAUCAUGUGAGGACAUAUAUGAGAUUGAAUGGGUCCAUGUCUGUUCGAUUUGAGAUCUAAAAGAUAGUAUGCUCUAUAAGUUCAGUUGAAAUCUACAGUAUUACUUUCUCUAGAAUAUGGACCAAAACUGUUAAUUCAUGUUGUUCACAAGGGCAUAAACAAUUUCUUUGUCCAACCAAAUGAUCUCUAAAAUGAGAAUGUCCUCACUAUCGUUAGUCACCGACUUUUGCUAUUGUCAGCAAAAAUCAUCGUU